AUGAGUGAUGCAAGAAAUGAUUUUGAGCAAAAUGAAGAAGAUAUGGACACUGGUGAAUUAGAAAUUGUAGAUUCUGGUCAGGUUAUAGAUGAUCUUGAUGAAGCACUACUACAAAUUGGUGACUCUUCUACCAGUAAUCAACAUGGUGCAUAUAGCGAAGGACUACAUGAACCAGGAAAACAAUCUAAUAGUGCGACUCAAGAUGUUGGUCUUCAUAUGGAUGUUAGUGAAGAAGUCAUUAUCGAAACAGAUGUUGCCGAUGCGAGAAUGGCUCGAAUUUCGGGAAGUAAUGGGGGUGAGAUGGAGGAAUGUGUCAAUGAAGACGGUUUAUACAGUGAUGAUGAAGAUGAUUCAGAUAUGUUUGCUGAUCGAGAAGUAGACCAGAUUAUCAGGGACCCAAUGACAGGAGAGAUAAGUCUUACAAUGGAUUUGGAAGACCUUGUUUCUCGAACAAUUACUUUUGAUAAUGGCGAAAGAAUCAUUUUAUGUUUUUCAAAACGCUGUCAUCCCCAAAUAGCCUGGAAUGGCCAUUUGUAUGUUGCCGCAUCCGACUUAAGCGAAGUUAGCUAUACAAAAUGGCGCUGUGUAAAUGAAGGUUGUCCUGGCGCAUUACGAACAUCUCCCGGGUUAACAGAGUUACGUUCUUCUGGACAUCAUCAUUUAGCUACUUGCAAACCUGAUGAUUUGCGGGUACGCCUUCGAAUUGUAAUUUAUGAUCUACGUUUAAUGUCCGAAUUUACUGAUGAUCCAUUGGAAGAUCUUUAUAGCCAUUUUGUUGAAAAAUUAGCUGCUGAAAACCCUGAUGUACUUGCUUUAUUUCCUCCGUUGGAUGCCUUAGUAAAAAGACUGACAAAACAUCGCGAGUACAAGAUUUAUCGGCGAAGAUUUGAGUAUGAAAAAGUGAUGGUUGAAAGGCGCCGUAAUUUACAAUCCAAAGAAACAUCUCCCGGAAUAAUUCGAAGAAUGCGACCAUUUCCUCCAUCAGUCUGCAUCGAAUGUGGUAUAUCAAUUUCUACGGAUUCGGACACUACGUCGCAGGAGAAUUUUGUGGAUCACGUGUCUCAAGAUCAUCAGAGAGAAGCAACGUGCCAGUAUUAUUCUUUUCCUGGAGUUCACUUAUUCGAGCAAUGGAUGCGAGAACUACAACAGCGAAGCCGAUAUAAAAUUAGACGUUUUUCUAUGCAUAAUGAAAGCUUGUUUUUUCUUUGUGCAGCAGAUGAUCGUUGGUGCCGAACUUAUGGCGUUCAUUCUGAUGGUCUCCAUUGUACUGCAUAUGUUCGUGUCUAUGAUUAUAGACGAGUGUCACGGCAAGAAACCCGAGUUUUGCGGAUUCAAUAUUGCUUAGAUCACAACUUCCAUAGUGAUGAAGAUGCUACAGUUGAUGCACCAUUCACCCCUGACAUUUUUAUGCAUGAAGUGGAGGAGAGGCGUUUGCGAACUGCUGGUAUGGUGAAAAGUAAUGCCCAACGUGCAAGACUUUUGAGACGAAGAGGUGAAGUCAUGUUAGAAAAUAGCGAAAUGUGGUCUGAAGAAGGUUUAAGAGAAGAGGAUUCCAGUAUGCAAGAACCUGAUUCUUAUCCCUUAAAUACGUCGAAAAGUGUCGUACGAAACAUGGAUGCUACUUCAGUCGUUGGAUUUGCUGAAAGACAAGAAGUGGAACGUGGACAGGAUGAUUCAGCAGGUGUUGAUGGUGAUCGUAACGUUGAAUAUGCCAUAGAAGGUAAUGAGGAAGGUAUUGAUCAAGACGAGCAAGUAGACCGAGAAGUCAGUGGGCCAAGAUUAAAGCAAGUGAACUUGCAAAGACCAAGGUUUAUGGGAAGUCGAUAUGCUCAACAGCAUGUUGGUCAACACGUUACUUAUGGAAGGAACAUAAAAUCAGAUUAUGAAGAAAAGCGAGAGGUAGCGAAUUUGGUUGAACAUUGUAAUAGUCGGAUCAGUGAAAGCCGAUCAGUUCGUUCCAAUGAAAGUAAAGAAAUUCAAAGUGGAGGGGGACAGCCGCAUUAUGUCACUCAUCGAUCUAAUUUUUCUAGCUAUACACUUUAUAAUUUGGUGAUGCAAAUCGAAUUGCAAUGUGAGCUUUUUAAAGAGCGUGCUCAGUCCCUGAAGCAUAUUGUAGCAGCUAAAAAGUACUUGAAAUAUCUCACAUCUCUUUGCGACAACAUUGCUGCUGAUCCAGAUUUCAAUAAGUCUACUGAAGAACUAGCUAGCGAUAUGUUUGAGCUGAAAGAAUCAGGAGGUGGCGGGAUAGUUCUUGCUAAACAAACUGGUCUACUUCCCACUUUGAAUUUCGCAAGCAGUGAUGAAAGUAGUAGUACAACGCAAAGUCGAGAUGGAAAAAAUGAACCGGAAGCGCACCCGCUUAUAUUUCUUCCAGUUGUUCCAGCAUCAAGUACUUUAGAAGAAUCAGAAAAAGUGACAGCUGAGGAUGAAGCAGAAACGGAUGCACUAGAAACCACAGAUAAUAUGCAACCAGUUUCGAAAAGAUCUAAGCGUGGGAGAGGAAAAGAGGAAGCUGACACAGCUUUCGAAACAAAAAAGAGUAAAGGUAAAAGUUCUGCGGCACCAGUUGCAAAAGCAGGCACACCAACAAGAGAGCCCUAUCAGACGAGACGAAGUCGAGGCGUGAUCAAACCAAAUACUAAAGGAGUUUUUGACAAGACAACAUAUGUUGGAGAAACAGAGGUACCUUCCAAAGAAGGAGAUGAGCGCGUACCAUUCAGUGGACAGACUUCAAAAUUAAAGCUUGCUGGACGUACCAUGCAACUUAGUGCUGAACCAUUAGAACUCACUGGAAAGCCAAUGAUUUUGAGAACCAGUGCUGGAAAUUUGGUAACUGUGAUGCGGCGGUUUGAUGGUCGUCUUGUCAUGAUUUCACCUCAAGUUUCAGUCCAAAAAGAAUCGAGAUCGGCAAAUGUUGAAGAAACCCCCAAAGAAGGUAAGUCAAGAAGUACACGAAGUUCGGCUGUGAGCAAAAAAGCAUCAAAGCAUGAUCAAGUAAAAGAAGAUGAAGAGGAAGAGAGUAAAGAAACGAAAUCGCCUAGACAAACUAGAUCAUCAGAAAGGCGUUCAGUCUACUCCAAAUAUCUGAAAAAAGAUAAAGAACGUCGAGAUGAAAGAAAUGCAAAUUCUAGUUCCUCAGAAAGAGGAAAAGAAAAAGAGAUAUCGAGUGAAAAGGCAAAUUUCGGAGAACAGUCUGGCCAUCCAGUGACCUUACAUGAAAUGGAAGUUAAUCCGAAAAGAUCCUCGAAAAAACAGCUUAGUGAAAAUGAUGUCAUUGUUAUGGAUGAUGAAACAUUUUCGGCUGUUGUGGAAGACAUGAGUAUGGGAAGUCCGUCUCAUGAUAUUGAAAGUCGUCGGGAGAGAGGAAAGACAAAAUGUGAUGAAGAAGUAGCAGAUUUGACUGUUGACACAUGCAAAUCAAGGAGGAGGGAAUGUAGAAACAAAUAA